UUGUUUUUUUAUGAGAUUAGCCUCUUACAUGUGCACUUUAUUCUUUUAGUGUGGCCAUCUGUACAUCCUAAGACCAAGGAUCUCCAAUCCUCCUUUAUCCUCUCAAUCACUUGUCUAUUCGAAGGCACAGCAUAGAUGAGAAUGCACUGGUUCUAUUCUUAGGUGAAUACGAACUGGAAAAAACUCUUAAUAAAGAACACCCAGACUAAAAUCACAGCCUAAGGCAUAGGGAUUUUGGCAGAUUUAAAUAAUUUAAAGGCGCAUCGUUUUUUUUCAAAGGAUAAAAUCCAAUAACAGCAAGAAGACAGCAUCAGUGGGCAUGGUGGAGAAAGCAUAAACAUUAUUAAGGACUUGCUAUUUUUGUUCUAGAGAACAUCAUUGACUACGCUGAGCACUACAUCAACAGAAGGAUAACAUUCUGAUCAUCGUAAUGGGCUGCUCACCUUCCAGUGGUCAACUCCUUGCUGGAAUCUAUAACCACCAAGACAAAGCUCUGCAGUUUGGAUCAUAUGAAAGCAACAGUCAUCACUUCUCUGGUGGGACAGAAAUUAAGAGCCAAGCACAGACAGAAACAGUUUCCAGUGGACUAAGUUUAUUACAAGAAGAACACACUGCUGUACAACUCCAAGGUAAAAGACCCACAGUUUGUGAUAUAGUUAGGGCAAGUGUAGAUAUAGGAGAGACGCAAGGGGAAUUACUGACAAAAGUAAAUACAGACAGAAAGGAUGACAGAAAGAUGAAAAAUAAUGGAUGCAAAAGAAGCAGGCACAGAGAGAGACAGCAGGAAACUGUGUACAUGCAGUCAAACUUAGAUCUUCCACAAGCCAUGGUAAAAGCUCACGAGGCAGCCUAUGCUUAUCUAAACCAUAAUAUACCUAAAUAUGAAUCCCUCUUAGGGCUCUUGGAAAAAGCAACACAGACCCAACUUUCUUUACAGCCUAUGGUCACCUUAUUAGCAUUACAGUAUGAGGAGAUAAACCAGGCCUUAGAUGAAAUUGCAACUGAGGGAGAGCAGAUGCUAGAAAUACAUGGAAACCGCAUGGCCUUGCCAGCUGCACAAAAUGAUGUUCUGCUAAACCCAGACAUAAAAGAAGCUGAGAGCAACUCAACUGAAGGUUCUCCAGACCUGCUGCAGCAUAUGCUUCAUCACUUGAUUAAAAAAAUGACUUUAGUAGGGGAUUCUGUAAAAGGGCUGGGGGACACAUCCUUAGAAGAAACAGGUGACUACUUUGGCACACUCUCCCAAUUGCUGGCAGAAAAGCUGGGGGCAAAGAGAGCAGCGGAGUUGCGUUUGAAACAGGUAUUGGCUUGUGUGGAAUCAUAUGCCUUGAGAAAGCUGAAUUCAGAAGACUCUGCUCUGCACAGUGAGGACAGUGGCAUUGGUGUAGAGAAGGAGUGCCACAAUGGUUCAGUGGGUUGUUGCAGCCACCAGGAGAGCUCUGGAUCAGGAGCUAGAACUCAGUCAUCAUAUGGUUGUCCUGAGGGCAGUUUACCAGAUCAGCGCUAUGUUAAUGAGGAUGAAAAUGAUGAUGAUGUUGACAAAGAUACUGAUGCUGAAGAUAGCAAUGAUGAUGAAGCGCUAAAACAUGAGCAGGGGAGCAAAACUGAUAUGAUGGACAGAAAGAUAUCUAAUUGGUCUCAGGCAGACCCUAGUCAGUAUCCAGUCCAAGUCAAUCUGGAGAACAAGAGGCCAACCAAUUAUACUUUUGAAUGUAGUGAUCAAAAAGAGAGAAACAUCAGGCAGCCCAAAACUGCAGAUGAUUCGUCUGUGUCUUGUCACAGACAUUUUAAUUUAUGGGGUGCAAAGCGGUCACGAUCAGCAGAUUUUUUAUGUAUAAGAGUGAAUGACUAUAUGGUACAAGGGCAGAAUAGAUUUCCAAAUGAUAACCAAAAACCUGAAUGGAUUACUAAAAGACAGAAUCCAUCACAAUUUUAUUGUCUCCAAGAUGGGAAUAAUGGGCCAUUUAAGCCUGGGCUAAUACCAAGCUUAACUCCUGCCUUUACACCUGUACCCCCUGGCAAAAAUGCCGUCAGACGACUCAUUAAUACAUUUAGCCAAGGGGUUUGUCAUAGUUCCAACCAAAAACCCCUUAUUGGGCCCAAAAGAUUUAGAGGAAGGAAAAGGAGCUUUUUGCCUAUAAUAACCAAUUGCGGGUCAGGUGUUUCCACCAAUGGCAACAACAACAGUUAUCCACUUGACCAGCAACUCUCAGAGAGACCUGAUAAUAUAGAUGUGAACAGCCUUCCACCUCCUCCUCCUGAAGUACUAAUGGACAACUCCUUUGAGAAAAAUGAAGGUCCUACUGGUGAUGAAUAUGGAAGCGAAACCCAAAAUCAGAGGUGUUCAACACAAAGACAGAAGUCCUGUGUUUCUCAGUGUCCACGAGCAUCAAUGCAAACAGUAUCUUUACUCCCCAGCCAGGAUAGUAUUUCAAUGGGCUCCCUGAAUAUCUCAGAAACCUGUCCUAAUGGACAGGAUUUUGUGGAUGAAACCCAUCCAGAGCAGGACAGUGACCAGCCAAUUGGGGAUAAAGACAAAGAUAAAGCAAUUGGCCUUUUCCAGCACUCUCAAACAAUCAAUCAUUUGUGUCAUUCCACUGGCAUUUUAGCAAAUUUAGGCCCAGGGGAUGAGGGUAAUAUCAAGUAUAUAUCUGAGAGGUUGGGACAAACAGUAAAACUGGGAAACAGGGACUCAAGUGAAGGAGAAGGAUCAACCCUUUAUGCUAACAGCCACCCUCCAAUUACUCCACCAGUCUCCAGAGCUCGAAUCCCACCCUCAAGUUAUUCUACAUGCCAUAGAGUUCCAAGUCCUACUGCUUUACCUCCAUCCCCUACCCGUCCUGUCAUUGGUCAGGGGGAAACAUCCACAUCCUCAUUUACUUCUCAAAUCCAGACAUCGACCAGGAGAUACAGUGAUGAUGCAAAUGGCUUCAUGACUGCCUCUAGUUCAAUGUCAUUUUAUGAUGCUCGCUCUGUGUUUUGUCAAGUGAACCAAUCAGCGUCCCUGUCUGUCAAGCCUUUCUGUAGAUCCACACUACCAAGACCAUGGGGAGAGUCAAAGCUCUCCAAAGAGAGACUACAAGCUACUUGCCUGCCCCAGACUUUCAUAAGAAGCAUCCCUUACAGGCCCACUCUUACUGACCACCGACUAUUGUUACCUAGCGUCACACAGCCCCACUACAAGGACAGUGAAUCUACCACUUCAAACGAUAAGAGGAAAGAAUAUGUAGCUGAAACAGACCAGUGCUCGAAGCAGGAAAUCCUAGUGAGCUGCUCGGUGUUUGGUCCACAGGAGGCCGAGGCCAACGUUAUGGAUAAAAUGGAUUAAAGCAUUUUCUUUUUUUGUAACCUCUCUUCAGAAGAGAGAGCUAAUUCUGAGAGGGGACACUGGAAAGUAUUUCAAAAUUAUCUGGAGACAGCUUACAGAUGAAACACUGUCCAGAAUUAAAUAUACAUUUUGCUAACAAUUAAACUAUACAUAUAUAAAU